AUGUUGAAAUCCACUGGAACUCAUUUGCAACCCAAUGCAAAUGAGAACCAUGGUGCUGUGAUCAAAUCUUCUAUGCAGGGUACUGAUACUAUGGCUAUAAACAAUCCUGAAAAAUCUACCAAGGUUCAUAUCAAUGAUAAUCCUCAGCAAAACAGUCUCCCACAAGUUAACAGACCUACCACCUAUCAAAAUAACUUCCCUAAGAUUUCUAAUAAUUUUGAUAGGCAUACUCCUAACAAUCAAGGUUCCAAAAUUCUCAAUAAUCAAACUCAUCAUAAUGACAAUACCAACCAAAAUGCUCAAAAGACUCAGUUCCCUAGCAGAAAAGAACAGGUCCCUCAGCCAGCCCCUUAUACUGUAACUCAAACCUUUGCUGCUAAAUUGAGAAUCAAUCAAGCAAGAACUGAGACCCCUUUUGCUCAACAUGAACCUGGUGUAACUCAUGUCUUAGUUACUGGAGGAGCUGGUUUCAUAGGUUCUCAUGCUACUGUUCGACUCCUAAAGGAUUCAUACCGUGUAACUAUAGUGGACAACCUUUCGCGUGGAAACAUUGGCGCGGUAAAAGUUCUUCAAGAAUUGUUUCCUGAGCCAGGACGACUUCAGUUUAUCUAUGCAGAUUUAGGAGAUGCAGUAGCUGUUAACAAGAUAUUUAAACAAAAUGCAUUCGAUGCUGUGAUGCAUUUUGCAGCUGUUGCAUAUGUUGGUGAAAGUACACAAGAGCCUCUCAGGUAUUAUCACAAUAUCACAUCAAAUACAUUGCUACUAGUUAAGGCAAUGGCAACACAUGGUGUAAAGACACUAAUUUAUUCGAGUACCUGUGCUACGUAUGGAGAACCUGAGAAAAUGCCUAUUACAGAAGAAACUCCACAAGCACCGAUAAAUCCGUAUGGAAAAGCAAAGAAAAUGGCUGAAGAUAUCAUACUGGACUUCUCAAAAACUUCUGAUGUUGCUGUCAUGAUAUUAAGGUAUUUCAAUGUAAUUGGAUCAGACCCUGAAGGAAGGUUAGGAGAAGCUCCUAGGCCAGAAUUGCGCGAGCAAGGACGGAUAUCUGGUGCUUGUUUUGAUGCAGCCAGGGGAAUAAUUCCAGGGCUGAAGAUAAGAGGAGUAGAUUACAACACACCUGAUGGAACAUGUAUACGAGACUACAUCGAUGUGACUGACCUAAUCGAUGCUCAUGUAAAAGCGUUAGAGCAUGCAAGACCUAGCAAAGUUGGUAUUUACAACGUCGGGACAGGAAGAGGUAGUUCAGUGAAACAAUUUGUUGAAGCUUGUAAAAGGGCUACAGGAGUUAACAUAAAUAUUGAAUACCUCACUCGACGUCCUGGAGAUUAUGCUGAAGUAUACAGUGAUCCUUCUAAAAUUAGACGAGAACUGAACUGGAUCGCGAGAUACACGCUUGAAGAGAGCUUAGCAAUAGCAUGGAGAUGGCAAAAGGCACAUAGAAAUGGUUACAACUAAAGUAGACAAGUUUUAAGAUUUGAACUCAUGUAUUACUUUUUUUGUUUUGAAUAGAUAACAUCAUAUCUCUUAGCUGACUCAAUAGCGGAGUCAGGAUUUUAGUAUAAGUAUAACAUAGGAAGAAGCCAAGGAGACAACAAUGGCAUUGGAAAAUCCUGUGUGUUAAGACAAUA